AAAGGUUGUAAGAGAACAACAAACGCCGAAGAAACCCUGCUACAAAUACCUAUGUUUGUUUCUUGUUCAUUGUCGUUCUUCACUACAUUAUUGAAAAAACCAUCAUUCACAUUCUUCUCAUUCAAAUUUGUUUCUAUGUUUUUCUCAAAUUUUGUGUUUUCAUGUUACGCCGAUUGUUGUUAAUUGUUAAAUUUUGUGUUUUGAUAUUUAGAUCUGCUUCAUAAUUGUUCUCCUCUUUUUAAAUUUCAUAGUUUUUUCUUAAUUUUUUUAGCCAGUUUCGUUUAUAUCUUUUGAGUUAAUCAUGCUUUUUUUAUUUGAAAAUUCCACCUUUUAAUUUCACCCUAAUUUCUUCUUGCAAGUGAUUUUAGAAUCGAAGGUUUAAUCAAGUGAUUUGCUUCACUUUUGUGAAUAAAAUAGAUUUUGAAUCUUAAGAAUCGAAGGUUUAAUCGGGUGAUUUGCUUCAGUUUUGCGAAUAAAAUAGAUUUUGGAUCUUAAGGUUUGUACUUGUUUUUAGCUCGUCGUACUUAUUUCAAUAACAUCAUGUAUAUUUUGUCUAAUCUACUUUAAACAAAGCGGCAAACUUUUUACGAUUUUUUUCAUUACCAACAAAAACCAUAAAAUUAAUGAAUUUGUUCGCAAAGAUAAUGGUUAUAGUUAAACUUUAUUUUCUACAAAAUAUGUGUUGUUAUUGUUGAAAGAUUUAAAAUGCUGAUAUGUCUGUUCGCGUGUGUUGGGACCGGAUUUGGUACAUGAGACUACUGAGAAAGUCAGAUUGAUAAGAGAAAAGAUGAAAGCUUCGCAGAGUCGACAGAAGAGUUACCAUGACAAGCGAAGGAAGGAUCUUGAGUUUCAGGAGGGUGAUCAUGUUUUUCUGAGGGUCACUCCUUUGACGGGUGUUGGACGUGCCUUGAAGUCGAGGAAGUUGACUCCUAAGUUUAUUGGUCCGUAUCAGAUUUCAGAGAGAAUUGGUACAGUGGCAUAUAGAGUUGGUUUGCCACCACAUCUUUCGAACUUGCACGAUGUGUUUCAUGUUUCUCAGCUUCGGAAGUAUGUUGCGGAUCCUUCUCAUGUGAUUCCGAGGGAUGAUGAUGUACAGGUUAGAGACAACCUGACAGUUGAGACUAUGCCGUUGAGGAUUGAUGGCAGAAAGGUGAAGUCUUUGAGAGGUAAAGAGAUUCCUCUUGUGAGAGUCGUUUGGGGUGGAGCGACUGGUGAAAGUUUGACUUGGGAGCUGGAGAGUAAGAUGCGGGAGUCGUAUCCGGAGUUGUUUGCUUGAGGUGAUCCUGAGUAGUAGGUGGUGGCUCAUUGUCGUGUCUAGGGCUCUGAUACGUGGGAUGGGAACAUUCAUAUUAUUUUAUUGUUGUUUUCCUCCUAUGUAUCAAUUUUUGGAACUUGUUGAUGUGGCCCUUUCAUUGGCUAACUUAUUGUUGUUUAGGCUUAAUGCCAAGAUGUUGUUGGAGAUUAAAACAUUGUUGUUAUUAUUGAAAUGCAAACUUUCCGCUGCAUAAAUAUUGAAGUUAUGAAUGAUGUUGACUUAAA